UCCCACUUGUUGCUUCGGUGGUUCCCCAGUCCCAACUUCAUCCCUGAUUUGGUUGCGCGACAUCUUAUCUCGACUAUUGGAGACACUCUCUUUUCAUAGCUCCCCACGAUUUACCUUCAGGGGUUCUCUUUCUUCUCAACCACCCUCCCCUAUCCUAACGCCGAAACUCACUGCGGGGCUUCAACAUGGCGGACCGGCAGUCGGUGCAGCACAGCCUUAACAGCCUGCUUUCUAAACUGAGCGACCCUGACCCGGAUAUGCGAUACAUGUCGCUAAAUGAUCUACUUGGCAUUUUAAAUAAUCCUAAUUCCACCUAUCUGGCUCACGACCAAGUCUCCUCAUCAAGACUAGCUGAGGGCUUAUUGAAGGCCUUGGAUGACCAACAUGGCGAUGUCCAGAACCAAGCCCUGAAAUGUCUUGGUCCUCUUGUCCUUCGACUGCCCUUCGAAAGCCUUGCAUCUCUUCUCGAAAAGCUCACCAACCUGACAGCCUCGCAAACCAUUGACACAUCCGUUCCGAAUACUGCUCUGAGAUACAUUGUGACAGCUCUACCUCGGCCGCAGCCGGGUCAGCCUCCAAGUCAGGAGGCGACAAUGGCAUAUUCGGCCGUCUCUCGCGUCCUCAUUCCCCGCUUGACUGGCCCGACUCCAUCCCCUACUAGUCGGCGUGGCUCGAUCGUCAAGGGCAUGUUAGAGAAGGAUCCAUCAAAGGGCUUCAGCAGUGAUGCUAUUGAUGUACUCAUUCAGGUUGUCACUUGCUUUGGCCCCCUGCUGAAAGAGCCCGAAUUGACGGCCUUGCAAAACUCCGUCCUGUCUAUCGUUGACAACGAUACAGCUGGCACCGUGGUCACCAAAAGGGCUCUGACGGCCAUAUCUGCCCUCGUGCUCCACUUCUCCGAUGCUCAACUGAGCGCUUUUGUCCAGGGGCUGGUCCAAAGAUUCAACUCUCCACAACUUAGUACAGUCCAUCGGCGUCACCUCAUUGCCACCGUCGGUGGUGUAGCGAAAAGUGCCCCGGCCAAGUUUGGUCCUCAUCUUCCUACACUAGCCCCUUAUGUCUUUGCUGCUGUUGGCGAGGAUAACCUAGCACAAUCUCACUGUCUACAUUACUCUACAGUUUACUCUGGAUUACAUCUUACCACAAUAUACUAUCUCAAAAUGCACAUGCUUCGCUUGGUUGUUUCUGGGCUUGGUCUUGUGGCAUGCACGACUGCGCGCAACAUCUUCAGUUUGCAGCCUAACCGUCAAGGAACUCAUCUUCUGCCCCUUACUCACGGAGAUGCUCCUGAUCACAAGCUUGUCGAGCGUGGUUCUAGUCCUCGCUGUGGCCCUGAUCAUGGCAAGUGUCCUGAGGGUAAAUGCUGCUCAACUGCUGGUAACCACUGCAGCUCUCCUGACUGUCAGAUCGACUUCGGUAAUUGCGACGCUCACACAACUCCAGGAGGCCCUCCUACGGACAAGAUUCCUCGGCCUCAUGUAGGCAACGUACCCUAUGGCCCAAAAUUCAUUCGGUCCUGUACUACUCCAGGAACUAUCGCCCUGACCUUUGAUGAUGGCCCCAAGGAAUACACUCAGGACCUUCUCGACCUCCUUGACAAGUAUGAAGCAAAAGUGACCUUCUUUGUUACAGGAAACAACAAUGCCAAGGGUGAGAUUGACAGUCCCGGGAUGCCUUGGGCAUCUUUGAUUCAACGCAUGUACCGCAGUGGCCACCAAGUUGCUAGCCAUACUUGGUCACACCAAGACCUUAGUAAGGUCACGCAAGAUCAGCGCCGGGUUCAGCUGCUGUGGAACGAAGUUGCCCUACGAAACAUUUUGGGAACAAUCCCCACUUACAUGCGCCCACCGUAUUCCAGCUGUACCGCGGAGUCAGGCUGUCUGGAAGACCUUGGCUCGCUUGGAUAUCAUGUCAUCCUGUACGACAUCGACACUGAAGAUUACAGUCAUGAUAGCCCGGCUCUGAUCCAACAAUCCAAGGACAUUUUCGAUCGCAACUUGGCCUCUCGGACGGAUUUCGAUAGGCCUUGGCUCGUCAUCGCUCACGAUGUCCAUGAACAAACGGUCCACAACCUCACCGAGUACAUGUUGAAGAAGCUUAUCGCAGAGGGCUACCGCGCCGUGACGGUUGGCGAGUGUCUGGGUGAUCCGCCUGAGCUCUGGUAUCGUAAGGACGAGGCCUUCGACGAUCGACAAACCCGAAAGUCUAAAUCCAAGAACGAUGUUGCCAAAACUGUAUCAGUUGAUGGCAUGUGUGGUGGAAACAUCACCUGUCUUGGGUCGCGGUUCGGCCCUUGCUGCAGUGGCACUGGUUUCUGUGGCAGCAUGUCUACAUUUUGCGGUUCUGGAUGUCGACCUGAUAAUGGCGGUGGUGCCCCCAACGCUGGUUCUGGUAAACCCACGAAGCCGGCGAAGUCAGAAGGGAAGGCGUUGCAGCUAAGCUCAUCAGUGGCAAUUGUGAUAUUGUUAUUCCUCGUGGUGUUGAUGGAUUAA